UACCAGCUCGAUCCCCCUGGGGCUCACAACGGCUGCAGGCUGCGUGGCGCUGGGUGGCCUGGAGCAGUACAGCAAUUCCCCUCAUGUCCUGUACACAGGGCACUGGCCGGGAAACGGCUCACAGCAGCAAGGAGACGCUGCAGUCUUUACUCACCUCACUUAACAACCCGGAAAGUGCCGGAGGGGCUGUGCUGAGGGCGGGCAGACCUUUUCACUAAGUGUCUAUGGAGUGGGAGAGAGAAGCACAUUUUCUGAUAUGAGCUCCAGUGUACCGUCAGUACACCAUUUGCCCCUCUGUGAGGAAGAUUUAUUCAAUGGUGAUUUCGAACCUGUUAACAUUUUUUUUUCCCUGUUGCCUUUAGCUUUAGAGCAGCAAGCCUGGGAAUAGAAUGUGGCUGAACCUUCAUAAAGAGCUUGAUAUUUACAGCUGACAUGUUUGUGGACUGUUUAACGAGCAACUGUGCUUCGUAUAGUCACUUCGCCGUUUGUUUUUGUGUGUGUGUGAACAAUGUUGGUUAACUUGUCGGUAAAGCAAUUAUCCCAGCAAAGCUGUUUCACAUUCCUUCUAGGCUCUGCUACGGAGCACAGACGGAAUCCCCUUCCUCUCGAAUCUGACUGAUACACACCCACUCCGCCUCUCCUCAGGCUGCUGUCGGUGUGGGCUGAGGGAUGGGGAUAACGGCGGGAACGGAAGCCCUGGUGCUGUAAGAGGAGGAGCGGUUCUGAGUUGGAGCUUGAGCGGACUGACCCCAUUGCGGUGUCUGAUGUCAGGGCGAUAAGAAGGAUCCGCGAGAACAAGCAUAGGCUUUGCGAUAAUCUACACAUAAUUAUUGUGUUCCAUUUGGUUUUGGCAUCAUCACAACAGCUAAGGCCAUUAAACGCUAUUUUAACGUGUGACUUGGAGUGGGAAUGGUUUAGCACACUCACAAUCAACAGUACAAUGUUCACUGAGAAGACUAACACUACUGUACCUCAGAAGCCCGGACAGAAGAAGACAAGGCCUCAGGGUCUUCCAUCUCCAGCUCUUUGUUGUGCCUGUGGCCUCUGCAUCAUGUUGGCAGGAAUUAACAUAACUCUUGUGGGAGCCUUUGCAUUUGGUACCUUCUUACCAGUGAACAAUCCCCCGAUCAUCAUUGGGCCCAUCUUGCUGGUGGUUGCCUUUGCCUUCUUUGCAGCCUGUUGCAUCUGCAGUCGGAGACCUCCAGCUCAUGGCCAGAGGAAGUCCAAACCUGGCUCCAACAUUGGCAUCAUUAAGCCAGGCCAUGCCACAUUUGAGAUUGAGACCAGCGAGCAUACAGUGCAAGACACGACAGCAGUCCAGCUCAGCCCCACAAACUCACCAGUGUCUUCUAAGAAAUCCACCCCAGUCCAUGAAAACUCAAAGACAUGCAAACUGUUUACAAUGGAUGCCAACAAUCCUGGAGCCAAGUAUACAGCCGGCGCUGAGGCAAUACAACUGAACCUUCCCCGGGACUUGGGCUCAUCAUCAUAGAACUGGCUUGAGCUCUAAGUGCAAAACUACCCUUACUGUAUAAUGUCAUGGCAAAGUCUCUUGAACUGUGCACCAGCAGAAACCUGUGGUUAAGUUUGAACAACCAAUGCUGCAAACUACAUUAACCUACCUUUCUGUAUGAACUGCAAUCACCUUCAUUUUUACAGUUUACGUUAUUUGAACAGUGACCUUUUAAAUCUCCUGCUGUUUUUUGAGAGCAAAGUUCACAUGACACAGAACUUAUUCUAUACAAAUGUUUUUUAAGCAGAACUUUGAAAUUUGACAACAAAAGCACUGUCUGACUGUAACUUCAUUAAGCCCCAAAUCACAAGACAGUUGCAAGCAUCUGUGCAAAAUACAGACACGGUGCGAAGUUAAUUGGUUCAGAAGUGUGAAGACCAUAAACACUGCACCAAAAGUAUUUUGUCAUGGUAAAGGGUUUUGUUACCAGACAGGCUUUUUUUAAAAUCAUGCUUGCUCCGUCCUCAAAAAUAAUAAUUUGGGAUGCAUGACAGGGAACAUUUGUUUUAAUCCAGAUAAAACUGAUUCAAUAAAGUAUUUUAAGAAGAUUAAAUUUACAAACAGAGAUGCAUAUUUUGGCAAAACCCAAUUCUCUCCAUAUACUUCAAUACUCUUUUUGAUCUGCUUCACUGUUUAUGCACCGUAAAAUGCUGUCAUAGUGCUGAUAUGAUCAAACUGCUAGACAAAGGAUUAAUAUUAGACAAAGUUAGUAUUAAGGGCAGGAGAAAUAUGAGAAAACAUUUGCUUUAUUUUUCUGUUCCCCUUAUUAGUUUUGUUAGGGUAACAAAAACAGUUGGAGUUCUGUGAAGGAGGCAGCCUGAGGCAACGUAAACUGUCCAAUGUAGGACUGUGACACGAUGCCACAAAUUGGAAAGGAAGUUGGAAAAAAUGUAUUUGGUACCUGCUAUUAUUAAAUCAGCUUCAAAUUGUAAUUACGAGAUGUAUUUAUCAUCAAUGAGACAAAGGGAGUGUUGUGAAAAUGCCAGGAAAUUUUGUUUAGUUUAUUUAACUUCUUCUGGAGAAGUUCAUUGUGCAAUCAUUGUGCAAGAUGUAUUAUCAGUUCAUUGUGCUUGUUAAUAGAGAAACAAUUCUAAAUAAAUGUUUUCUUGUAUCUGUAAAGUAUAACUAAAUAUAAAAUAUUUAUGUAAA